CAUAGUAUGGUGCACAUUAUGACGUCACUUUAUUUAUCGGGGUCCAUUCUCUGGACGACAACAAACAUACAAAAGUCACAAAGUAGUUGUAGAGGAAGAUUUUAGAAUGCUAAGAUCGUAUUUAAGAUGGGUGAUGGUUCGCGGCUCCAGAAGCUGUUGAUGUCGGAGGAAUAUUUGGAGCUUGAGGAUAAUGUUCUCGUAGAAGGAGCUUUCAUUGAACUCGACAAGCGUGGGGACGCAAUCAAGCAGGUUUUACUGGGACUAACCAGAGACAGCUUCAUAGUUGCUAAGGACGUGAUUAUUGAUUACCGGAAGUUCCCGUCAGUUAAGUAUGACGCUGAUGUCGAUUUAGACAUUAAUGAUUUGGAACUUGAAUGGAUCAUCCCUGUAUGCUACAUAGAAAUCAGUCGAGUUCCGCAUGAACAUGUGCUCAACAUUCUAUCUCGCAAUGGCCGCCAUCGAUACUACAUGCUGACCAAUAUCGGCGGGAAUGAGAAAAAGCAGUGGCACGUUUGGAUGGAGCGAGCCAAGUACAUCCAAGACGAUCCAUAUGGCUAUGUCAAACAGCUCUACAACCAAUGGAAUGACACUUUCGACCUGCUCGAUGUGGAGGAUCCAAAUAAGAAAACAAAUAGCAGCAGCACCUCAUUUCGACAGGGAAACAGUGGUAGUAAAUUGUCGCCAUCUACACACCACAGGAGACGCACGCGCGCUAAGAGCAUCGUGCCAGAAAAUUGGCUUGAAGUGCUGGGUGUAAAGACAAGUGCGAGGAAUCUCCCGACAGCACAGUCCUCUGGCGAUAAAAUCGAGCCCAAUAACACGAGUAAGGCAAAGAUUACAGAUACCAAAUCAAAGAAGAAAAAGAAAAAUCUCCGGUUUGAACUAUUUGACGCUAAAUCUAGUACAUGUAGUUGUUUUGGCUAAAUUGGCCUAACGUUGUAUCUAUUUGCUCACCCAACCAAAGAGAUACAAUUAUGAAAUAAAACAUUAUAUA